GGCUGUAUUGAUUUCGAUGUCAACAACUUCAGAGUGGUGGUGCGAUAGUAUUGCGCGUAGUGUUAUUGUUUUGUGGAAAAAAAUUGUGAAACUUAACUAAAUUCUAUAUUAUUUUAUGAACAUUUUCAUAUAGUUUGAAUCUUUGUUUGUUAAUAUUUAUUUUUUUGUGUGGAAUAUGUCAUUCUUCGUUGAGGUACUUUUGCAUAAUAAAAGCCUGGGACUAUCCAGAGCUGGCUGUGAUAAGUCACCACUGUGAAAUAAUAAGUAGCAGUUUUUUGAAUAUUCGAAAAAGCGGGGAGAAGGCGCCACGUGUGGGCCUGCGUACAACCGGGGGCGGGCGCUCUGCGCCGCCCCACAACUUCAUACAUACCCGGAUGAUAUAUUGACGAAGGUUCAAUGUAAGCAUGAUGUAGGGUUGGAUCCACACAUCAUAGCUCCUGAUCCAUAUGAUACGACAGAUCAGUAUAUCGAUGUCUUUGGCCCGGCUAACAAGGACCUGCUGACACCGACUGAGCAACUUAACACGAUGAGCACGGGUGACGAUGGUGUUUCGUCUGGCAUAAAUGGAAGAUUGAGGCCCAGGAAAUCUUAUAUUUCUAGUCUCCAAACAAUAAAAACUACACGGAGAUUAGAUACUAAGACUCAAGAAAAAUCCAAACGUGUCACUACCCCUUCUAAAUCUUUGCUAAAUAAACCAGAUGAUCUCUCAAAAAAGUCUGACUGUACCUCUGUUAUAGAUUUUCUUUGUCCUUACUGUGAUAAAAGUUUUGUUUCAAAACAAGCAGCAUCCAAACACGCUAGGCGCAUCCACUUUUCAACUUCUAAACAAGAUGCCUUUAUAAAUUGUCUGUACUGUAAUCAAACAGAAGCUGAACCUAAUGAAAUUGUUCGGCAUAUGAUUGACAGUCACCCAAAUCAAUACUUCGCAUGUCUCGAUUGUCACACUCGAUUUCCAUCUACCACUGAAUUAGCAGAACAUAAGCUAAAUGUUUGUGAAAGGCAAAAACUUCCUUAUAGGAGUAAACUCCGGAAAAAAUCUAAUAGAACGAAUAAAAAAUCUCAUAAUAUUGAGAGACAGGUCGUUAUCCGAGAGGAAGACAGACAUGGAUAUAACGGAAUAGUAAUUUCUUGUGAACUGAAGCCUACUCAUGUGCAUGAUGCAGCUGAUAUUGAAGAUAACAUAACAACGAAUUUAAUUUUGCCACCUAGUAAAAACUUAGCUAACAAAGUUAUCGACAAAAACGCUGUUAUUGUAUUGGAUGAUCUGCAGUGGAAUAAACGUAUCUCACAUAACUUUUCAUUUCACAACACUGAUGCUGACCAAAUACUAUCUAGACUAGGAGUGGUACAUAGAUCUCCUAGAACUGGUGAAUCUACGCGUAAGGAUUGGUUUAAAGCGAUAGACGAUGCGUCGCAAAAGUUUGAAAGAUGUUUCGAUACCAGCUUUUAUUCUAAAGUAGCAAGUAACGUUCAAGAAAACUUGUCAAAAUUCCUUGAUGGGUCUUUCAAUUUCAACCCAGACCCUAAUCACACGAUAAAAACUCGAAAAGCUAAAAAUAGUGUCCCUAUUAACACUGUAGAGGGAUUUCCAAUUCUUUUGUCAUGUGAACAAUAUUCCCGAAACUUAUUUGAUGGUUACAUGCCACGAGCUAUCGCCCCAAAGCACAAAUGGAAGUGGGAUAGUUUAGAAAAUGAGAAGAAUCCAUUCAGCGCCGAUAUUAUUAAACGGGAUUCACAUAUUAAUAACUGCAUAGUGACCUUAGUUUCGAGUUUAGACAUAUGGACACAGUUAUGUAUGCGGCGAAAAUUUGAAGAAAAGUUUAAAAUUACACCAGUUGAAAAGAAAACAGAGAAACGAAAUACAAUUGGCAAAGAAUUGAAAGAAAUACUUGAGAGUAGACAGUUGCCCACAUCAACGUCGCACGUUUCCCGAAGUUUUGCUUCUGACGCUCCUACUCCUGUUCGGGAUGGAUUAGACUUUCCAUCAUUCUUGGGAUUAACGCCUACGGUGCCAAAAUAUGAAGCCCAACCAGCGGUUUUAAGCGGAGAAUGGGUGCGACCACGAUGCUACGUGUGCUGUGCUUGUGGAGCACAAACCCGAGAUCCAAGAGCUCUUUCAACGCAUAUUUCCACGGAACAUCCUAAUGCUCAAGUACAACAUUAUGAAAUAGCUGGUGAAUUACUGUUAAACGCAGAUAUUCUGAAACAUUUAUAUGUACCUCCAAGUCCAGUUCACAACAGGACAAGGCCAUUACGUGGAUAUCGAGAGUGUACAAAAUGUAAUAAAUCGAUUACACUCGAAGAUUUACACCAGCAUAUGCUGGAUUGUGCUGGAGAUAUGCCAGCCGUACGGAGAAGGUGUCGUUAUCGACAGUUUGGAGUGCGCAAACGCCGAUCGCGAAUUCCCGAUAACAGAAUACGUAAAAAAAUUAGAAAAGAAAUUCAAAGACAGAAUGGGAGACCAAGACCAAAGAUUAGAACCGAAGUUGGAGAUGCUGAAACUAUAAGAAAAAUGUUAGCCGAUUUGCCUGCUAAAAGACAGCGAGUGAUGAUUAAUCCGCUAAAUUCUUCUUUACGUCCUCGAAGAAAAAUUGUCAAACAAAGAAAUCAACUUACGCUAAAAAGGCGUUCUACGGAAGAACCUAAGAACCGGAAAAUUAAUCCUAACACGGCUUCAAAUGGCAGCGAAAGACCUGAAAAUAAUGAUCCAAAUAAAAUUAACAAAGAAGAAAAUCGAUCUCUUAAAACUAGUAUUAAACGUGUUCAGAAUCAAGUUUCGCGUCGGAGCGAAAUCAUAAAUAAAAAAAAGUUGACUAAAACUCGACGAAAAACAGUUCGAGUCACACAAAUAACUGAAAACAUAGAACAUGAGACAGAUGUUCCACCAAACGAAACCCAGAGUAUUGAAUCAAGUUCAAAUAAAGUCCAAAUUGAACAGCUGUCUAUACAGAAUAUGCCAAAUAAAGUUGAUGUUAACACCGGGCCUUAUAAUACGAGAGAACAAGCAAAUAGAUCUAAUAAUAACGGAUCUAAUAACCGUGACAAUCAGAAUCCUGAACGGAAUGAUCAUAAUGGCAAUUCUCGUGAUCAAGGUGCGCCGCCUCAAAAUAUACCAUUAAAACAUUCCAUUGCACGUUUGACUGCUGAUUACGAUACCCAAGAUAAGGCUGUGCAGUUUCAUCAUUUGUUUUUAGUACAACAAGAAUGUAAUAAUGUGACGCAACAUGUACCUUCCGGUCAACCUGUAUUGUUUGAAAAUAGCACUGUUGCUACUAAACUUGAUAAACCGCCUUUAAACAUCAAUCAAAAAGACGAACCUCUGGAUAAUCAAAAUGCACAAAAAGGAAAAUCCAGUAAACCCAGAAAGGGCCUUAAUGAUUGUAUUGCGAUGUUAAAAAACAAGUUAGUCGAACCUAACGAUCGAAUAAUUUCAACAGCACCUAACGUGUCAAUUCAAUGCAGAAUUGACGAACCAAUGAAACCUCCUCAACAGGUUCAUAAGACAACAGUUAACUCCAAUCGAAUUGACAUUACAAUACAGUGCCCUGAUACAGAGAGUUCAGGCACAGAUACGAUUAUUACACCACGUCGUAGGCAAUCAAUUAAUGAAAAAUCUAUUGAAGAACAAAUAGCUAAUUUACCAACAAUCGGCGAAUACAUAAAACAAAACCCCGAUUUACUAAUAAAACAUAAGGUUUAUGAAAGUUUAAACUGUGAUGUUCAAAGCAUUGAAUCUAGAAGCCAAAUUACUUCCACGAAGGUAUUUACAAGUCCCAAUACUCGGCAAUCGAAACCACCAAAAGAUAUUCAGACCGCACCCAUAAAUACGCCAAAAUCUACAAAACAAGGUCAAGUGCGUGAUAAUAUUGUAGGAAAUGUCAUGAAAACCAAACAACCUAUAAAAGAUGGAGUUGAACCUUACACGUGUAGUCUAGAAGGCCGCAGUAAUGAGUCUUCACGGUCGCAGACAGCUCCAAUGCCUCAAAGUAAACACUCAAUUGAUUCAUCAUUGAAAGCGAAAACUCCUGUAGUUUUGGCGAAUGUUAAUUCCGACAAUAACAAAGAGAAAAAGGUGCACUACGAUAAACAAAAUAUAAGUAACACUGUAGCCGGACUACAUAAAAGCCAAGAUGUAAACCAAAAAACAGAUGUUACUAAUUUACCAAGUGAAAAAACAAAGUCUAAAAAAGACAGUACUGGGGUGAUACCUCCAGCACAUAGCAAUACUGGCGUAGAAUCUGUUUUGACUGCGCCUUUAGAUUUGUCUGGAAAACAAUAUGCCAAUGAUGUUACAGCUCAUUGCUCUAAACAAAACAUAACUUAUGACACGAGAGCCUGUGAAAAUUACGAAACAUUAGAUUUAUCAAAUAAACAAGUUUUGCACAAAGAAAACAUAGUAGCAGCACCAAUUGCGCUAAAUGACGAAGUAGUUGAUCUGCGUAUUAAACACACAACCACUACUCAAACUGCAGAUUCAUCGCUUUAUGCUGAAGGUAAUGGAAGUGGUACUGUUGCUGCUACUGAUUUAACAGUCAGAAAUAGUGAAAUUGAUUGUACUCCGACAGAUUUGUCAAUUAAAGGAAAAACAAAGAUAACUUCUAUUUAUGAUAUUAGAAAGGAGGAUAUUAUCCUUACUGAUACACCUUAUAACCCCGAUAAUAAUGCAAAUAGUGUUUGUUUGAAUUUAUCAGCAAAGAAUAACGAAAUACCAACUGAUUUGUCUACUAAGAGUAUUUGUAUUAAUGCAAUCAAACCUACUGUUCGCGGUCCAAUAGAAAGUACAAUUUACAAAGACUCUAGUUCCUGUGUUACAAGCGAUAAAAAUAAGGUUGUAAACCCUGCAGAUCUAUCUUGCCGUGGCAAAGUAGACAGACAAAUGAGCAUUUUUGAUUGUAACGUAACGCAUCCAUCAUCAGAAUGCAUUGCAAAUGAGUUAAAUAAGACUACAAGAAAAUCAACUUUUUCAAAUUCACUUCACCAUACUAAUAAAGAGAGAUCAGUAUAUGACAUUCACGAACAACACUUGAAUUCUUCUGGAAAUUCUCAUUUUAACCUAAAAGUCACCGAUACCGCUACAAAACGCCCUUUCAUGUCCUCCGCUGAUGUAACUAUCUCAUUAAUGAAUAAACAUAAUACUUUAUCUCAAAGUGCAAAUAAACAUAUACACUUGGAUAAUGAUGAAGUUAACAAUAUUAAUAAAGGACUAUACUUAUUGGGAAAUGUACAGCCCAUUGUAACCAGUCAUCCCCAUGAGGCAACAAAUCUUGGAUUUACAAGUAAUUCAGGUAUUCCGUUAACGCGUCGUAAUAGUGAGAAUCCAAUGAUAUCGCCAUUACCAACUCGUGUCGCUAAGACAAUAACAAAUUCAGAAAUAAGUUUGGUGUCGUCCUCUAAAGUAAUGCAUGAGUCAAGUGCCUCAACUAAUUUAUAUUCUGCUAUAUCUGAUUCUCCAAAUAUAAUACCACCGGAGUCUGCACCUUCGAUUCCGUCUACAUCAUAUACGGACAAACAAAAAGCAUUAGAGAAAAAUAUUGGAUAUAAUACCAAAUGUGCUCCCACAAUAGAACCUGUUAAACUUGUUGAGAUAAAAGAUAAAGUUAUAACAUCCAGCUUAGAGCAAGAUCCAGAAACGGCUAAAAAAAUUGCUAUGCUACCAAAAGAACUUGUUGAAAUUUUGGGAAACAUGCCUGUAGAUCAUAGAAAUCAAUUAUUAAAUGUCUUACCCCAGUAUGUAUCAACUUCGCCUACACCAAACAUUAAAUCUCAAAAUGAUGAGUUUAAAGGAGAUUCAUUGAGUUACUCAAAUCUUUCUCAAUAUCCCUAUUCAGGAACAGAUUCAUUUCAGUUACAGCAUUCAACUGUUAAUUAUAUUAAAUCCCAUAAUAUCAAAAAUUCUACUGACAGUCUUAUGGAUGGUGCACAAUUGCUUGGUCGAGUUGAAAAGAACGAGAAUAGGUUUAAACGAAAUGACCCAACAGUAAAGCAGCGAUCAGGUGACAGUUAUCUCAUAGAAGAUAGAAUUAUUGAUCUUACAGAUGAUAAAGUCGAUACGUCACAAACUUCAUGUCUAGAUAAAGAAAAUAAAACAUCAUGCGUUUCUUUAAAACCUGUUCCACCGAAAACAAAUAACGAAAAGACUGCAAGCCUUCGAGCAGUGCGCAUUAAGGCACCUUCUGAAAGGCACAAAUCUGUGGUUACUGAGACGCAAUUUAAGAAAACAUAUCAAGAGAAUAACAACACUAUUAAACUAAGUAAUCCUGAUAAGAAAAGCAAAGAUGCUGUAGGUCCUUUAGCUGUUCAACAAUUUGAAAUUAGCACUACAGAAGAAGCAAAAGGAUUAAAUACACAUUCUCCUGUUUCAUUACCUAGCGUUAAAGAAGAUUUUAAUGUGAAAAAUAAAAGAGAGAUAAUGAAUUCUUCAGAAUCUAAUACAACCGACUUAAAUUUAGAAGAUGAUAAUGCCACGAAAUCGUGUUGCACAUCAUCUACUAUGGUUGAAAAUUUUAAAUUAGUAAAUGAUAUAUCUAAGAAUCCUGUAGCUCCAGAUAUUCCUCCUUCCAAAUCUGAAAUUAUUAUAGAAGAUGGCAGCAAACAACUACUACCCACAUUAAGUAAUACUGAAAUAAAUUCAUUUCGUGAGACACAUACGGAACCUCAAGUGAAUGUUGUGUGUGAUGAAGAUGAUUCUGAAGACGAUGUGUCAUUAGCAAUUAUAGUUAAGCAAAAGCUAAGAGAUCAAGAAUUACAAAGUUGUGAAAUUAAGGAGGCUGAGAUAAUAGUAAAGGAAAAAUCGGAUGGUCAAAAAGUUGAUAAUAAUAAAAACGAAUCAGUUACCAAUAAUGUGUCUGAGGACAACAUUAAUACACUCUCAGAUACUAUUAAUACUGAAUCUUCUAUUAAUACUGAAGUUGCUAAUCAGGAAACAAAAGAAAAACAUUCCAAAGAAAAGGAUAAAAAAAUGAAGCGGUCGCGUCGAAAUAUUAACGCUAAUAUGAUAAAGGUCGUAAAUGAGAAUUUGGCUAAAAAUAAAUACGAGUCAGAUGUUAACAAAGAAAAUGCAGUAUUGUGUGAUGACACAAAUGUAACAAAACCGGAUGAAUGUGUAGAAAACACUCUAGAAAAGUUAAACAAUUUUGAUGAAAAUCUACCCAAUGAAAAUGAUGGUAGUACAAUUACCCACGAUAGUAAAGAGAAAGUUAAAUUAAAAGAGAAAGCUGAGUUGGCUCAAGACGCAAACCAAAUGUUGAUUUCUGAGAAAAGUAAUCAGCAAAUGGAUGAAGGAAAUUCGAACUCUAUUGAAAAUGAAAUAAAAAUGACAAAUAAACAAUCUUAUUCUUCAAAUUGUAAAUUAAGUACUGGAGAAACUAAUUUUGUGUCUAAAACAGUUGAAGUUAAAAAUAGUGAAGGUCAAAAUUUAGUGAAGAGGUUACCUCCAAAUAAUUUAGAAACACCAUCUGUAAAAAAGCUAACGAAUCUAGCCAGAGAUGUAUCAGUUACAUGUUCUGAGGGGUCACUAAAAGAAAAACAAACGAGCAGUGAUUCUAAUAAAACUCUAACCAAUAACUUGCUUAGUGUAAACCUCUUAAGUUUGCAAAAAGACAAGGUGCCUACUCCACUAAGAAGAAGUAGGCGUGGCAAGUCCCUAUUCGUUGAUAAUAUUGACAUAUCUGAUGAUUUGAAAGAACAGAACGAUAAUGGAGCAGAUAACAGAGGUCCUAUUACGAAAAAACAGCUUAUAUUUUCGAAACUUCUUUUGGACGGAGAUAAAUCAAACGAUGAAAUUAGCAAGAUUGAAAAGGAUUCUGUUCAGCUUCAGGAAGGUCGUAAUGAGAAUCAAUCCAAUGUUUCAUAUUCCAUUUUGGCUAAAUCCGUUAUAAUAGAUAGCGAAGAUAGAAACCUAAGUUUUACGAAUAAAUCUUGCAAACGUAAGAAGUCACCAAUGAUAAAGAAAAAAUUGAAGAGAAAAAGAUCUUCCGAAAAAAUUGAAUAUGCUGGAGAAGAUUCAGAAAAAUCUCAAAAUGUCGAAGAAAUCAAAGUUAAUGACACGCACAAAUCCUUAAAAGAUUCUAUUACACUUGAAACAAAUGUUGAUACUGAAAAAAUAUUGGUGGAAAGAAAUAUUUUGUCUAAUACUGUUAUUGACGACCAACAUUUUGACAAGUCUGAGGACAAAAUUGACAUCAUUGAAAAAAGUCCCAAGGCUUCAGCUGUUAAACGAAAAUCUAAUUAUUCAAGCAACAAUGAUAAUUUAAAUAGUUCUAUGCCAAAGAAAUUAAAAUCAACUGUCGAUAGUGAGGCAAAGGAACCGUUCAUUAAGAACGAUAUUAAAGACAUGCAAUGUAAAGAAACAUUAGGUAAAGUAGAGACCAUUAAAAGUGGCGCUAAACUUGCCGCACGAAGAGGUCGAUCGAAAUCGGUGUUUGUUAAGUCAUCGGUGCCUGACUUAUACGAUCCUUACGACAUAAACUUAGAAGACAUGGUGUCCGAGACUAUGCCUAUCCCAAAACUGGUAUCUUCACUUAAACAUCCCACUGGUAAAGAAAUUAACAACUGCAGUAUCAUUGAACAAAUUGAGAAUAACGUUGAGAGUGAUACGCAAUCGAUUAAUAUUAUGAAUAAUUUAAAAACAAGUAAAAAAUCUGAUACUAACGUCCAGAUUGAAUCAGUGGUUGAGACUAAAGGAGUAAUGAGUGAUUCAGAUGAUUCCUCUAAAAGCGAUAUACCUUUAAAAAAAUAUGUCCAAGAUAAAGAACGUAAGAAAUUGGAAGUAAAAGUUCAAGAUAAAAACCUUGAAGAAUCCAUAAAGACAGGGCCACGAAAAAGAAACAAGCAAACUUUGUCAGUUUAUUCUGACAAAAUUGAUGGUGCCAUUUGUCGGGACGAAAAUGAAGAAAGAAUUAGGUCUGAACAAUUUAUGGAAAGUUUUGGCUUUUUUUCAGAAAGGAAACCUCGCAAGUCUAAUUUGCUAGCGACUAAAAAAAUAUCUGAAACCUUUCACAUAAUUGCUAAUGAAAAAGAUGACACAUUCAUCCAAUCAAAGGAUAAGUCUAACAGCAAGAAGGGCAUGCAGUUCGAGAGCAGAAAAUCAGCAGACGAUGAAGGUAAUUUGAGGGAAUCUAUUAGUUCAUCUAUUAAAAAAGUUUCAAAACGUGGUAGGAAAAAGAAAAUUUCUACUAAAAUAGAACCUUCCUUUUGUGAUGUAUGUAGGAAAGAGUUUCAUAGGCCUGAUAACUUUUUAAGACAUCAAAUGACUCUUGCUCAUGUGACAAGGGUAUCUGAAGCUGACUCAAAAGUCAAGAUUGACCCUUUCAGAAUGGAUGGAUCUAAUUAUUUAGUUAUCUAUAAACGUCAAUUAGAUCGUUUAAGAGUUUUACAGGAUAAAAUUACUAGAAGAAAAAAAUACUGUAAACCUCUUGAAAAAAUUGCAUUACCAACAUUAGAGGACAUUAUUGCAGAUGUAACAACCACAGUCAAGGAGCAACAACUUGCACGGCGGGGACUAAGUAGGGACGAAGCGCUGUUCCUAGAUUGUUGUGAGCUAUUAAACGCAAGUCAUAAAGAUGACGGUACAGGUAGGCCCAAGCCAUCUCAGCGAUGUGAAAAUAAUUGUUUUACAUGUUCAGGCGCUUCUAUUGAAUGUUUGAAUUUAUUAGAAAAACGUAUAAACGAAACUCUUGAGGGAAAAUGUGAUGAUGGUGAUGUAGAUUCUAUUACAGCGCAAGAUAUACUGGAAAGCGAGGAGGUGCGGAAUUUGGAGAAUGAUCUAAUUACUGGCUUAAAAGAGGCCGCUUGUGCAAACACCUUUACAGCAAACAGUAUUAGUAGCGCCUACGCAUCAGAAAAUGCGGUUGUCACAGAAGAACUUGAUAAAGACGUUUCAAAAAGUUCUGUACCUGAAAUUCAAGCUGAAGACACCAAAGCGAAAAAUAAAAAAGUAUUCGAAGUAAAAGAAAAAAUGUACCCAGAUAUCAUUGAGAAUAUUGAUAUGUUUGAAGACAAAUUUGACAAAAUUAAAAGAAAAUGUAGAUCUCAGGCAGCUAAACAAACCCAAUAUGUAGAAACAAGUACAAGCCACAAAAGCCGGAAAAAAGUUGACAAAAAGAAAAGGAAAAAGAGUCCCAAGAAAAGCCUUCACAGUUCAGUUCCAACGAAGGGCGCAUUGAAAGGAUUUGAUGGCGUUAAGGUUUCAAUUUCGACGUCAGAAAUUGAUAUGUCGUCUAUCCUGCCAUCAUCAGCAGGUCCUCUUAGGAAAAAAAAGAGAGGUACUUCAAAAAGGAAACGAGAUCGAUCCUAUUCUGAUGUCAGUAGGUGUGACACUGAUAACAAGAUUAAAGAGGAUCCGCAGAGUAAAUUAGAUGUCUAUGAGUUCAUGGAUAAUGAAGAUGCUGAACUAUUUGAAUUUAGGCCGUCAACACUAAUGGAGCGUUUUAAAAGUAUCGGUAAUAAAGAUAUGCCUAGCACUUCCAAAUCUCAAGCACCUUACAAUGAUCAAGAAGUUUCUAGUGAAAGUGGCUCUGACGGGGACGAUUUUGUGUACAUGUCUGAUGAUUAUGUUUGCAGUGAUGCUGAAACUGAAAACAGCUUAAUGUCAUGCGAAUUUGGAAAUGUGAAAGGUGUACCAGAAAGUAAAAAACCAUUUACACCUCCUAAAAGAAAAGAAACGGCCGAAAAAAAUGCCGUUAUGGGUAAAAUUUUUAAGCACAACGCUGUUCGCACAGAGAAAAAAGUUGUUAAAAGUAAAGAUCAUGUAAAACCAAAGGCAAACUUAGAUCAACUAUUUGAUAGUUUAUUGGAAGAAGAACCAAAUUCGUCAAUACUUGAAAAACAUUCACCUUCCCCUGGCCACGAAAAUUAUGACGAGUUCAAUUUAGACUCUCCCUUGGCAGAGGAAAAAGCUAAAUCUCGUUCAAAACUCGACUCUAAAUCAACUUCAAUGAGAUGUUAUGACGACCAGUCUGUAGACGAUUCAUAUACCGAGUCGGUUAGAAAAGGAAUAAGAACUCCAUCACCGAUACCCUACACUACCCUCAUUGCAUCUUCGAAAAAACGAUCUUCUAUAACACCAACGAGGAAAAUUAGGUCAUCAAUAGAUGAAAAUAGGCCGUCAACAUCAAAGGUGCAUGAAGUGAAAAAGAUGGAUAAGGAAAAAUAUCAUAAGAAAUCAUCACAUAGAAAGAAGAGUGGUUCAUACAAUGAAUCUGACAAUAAUAUGCCGAAACGACGGAACACAUAUUCUCCAAAUUAUGAUGAUGAUUCACUUUUGAGAGUUGAUGUUUCUAUACCACAAUCUGAUGAUAGUUUCCAUUAUAAUAAACGGAAAUCAAAAGAAAAGGAUUUUAAUACUAAACCUAUGAGUUCUGAUAAGAGCAUUAACAAUAGCAAGUUGGAUUAUAGCGAUGGCAUUUUUGAUAAUACUGAAGACGCUGGAGUUGCUAGGCAGCGAGCGCGUCGAAAAUGCACGGUGGGAAAGCAAAACGUUCUAGCUGAGACAUGGAGUUCCGAAUCUGAACCAGAUGGAAUUCCGCCGCGACCUAACAGCGCUGACUCCGUCGUUGUUGGUUUGGGUCGAAAAAAGAAAGGCAGGAAGAAAGAAGGGCAAGCCCUUGGCGGUCGAAAAGCGAAUAAUCGGCAAGCUCUGGGGAAAAAGCAUGAAGUCGCUGACAGUAUCCGCAGUAAUCGCAACUCGUGUGACAAUUACAAUAGAGUCAUCCCUACAACGAGGCCGAGCGCAGUAGGCGUGGCCAGUAAGAAGGUGCGACCGCGCCCGCCGCCCUAUUAUUGGUCAGACGACGAGGAGGAACAGGAGCAUGUCCAACAACACGGCUGGAUCGUUGGCGAUAGCCAUAAGAAAUUAGUUACGAUGUUAGCACACGCGAAAGGUAAACGAAACCAUGACGAUAAACGUCAUUUGGUUGAAUAAAAAUUAGCAUAAGUUUUAGGUGUUAUAAUUGUAAAUAUACUGUACAUAGUUCUCUAGUUCUUUACAUAUGUCAUUUUUCAUGACAUUUGACCAGAAACCUUUAAAUGCUAAAUUUUUAUUCGAUUGAGUUUUGUACAUAUUAUUGUAUAUCGUUUAUAGCGUAUUUUAGUUAAAUUGAUAAUCCGGCGCAUUGUGGCGGACUUGAUUUAUUUUUAAUUUAAAUAAGAUGUGUAAUAGUUAAAUUUGGUUAGAUCAGUGGUCGUGAAUCCUUUUUUUAUAUUUUCGUUUUAUAUUUCUGUAUUUUUAACGAGGACGUGGAGCAGCACAGCUUUCGACAUGAGCUUAUAUAAUAUGUCCAAAGCAUGUAAUAUUUUAAGAAUAUUGAACAAUUUUGGCCUCAUAAAUUAUUAAUAAAGUAAUACAUUUUUAAUUUUAAAACAAAACAUUAGAACAUUGGGCCCUUUUAAUUUAGUCCUUGUUUAAAAAGUACCACGUUUAGGACUGUUGAUGCGUUUUAUGUAAAUAAAUUUAUUCAUGUGUUCCUUGCAUAAUAUUAGAUGAGAAAAAUUUUAAUUAAUUAUAUAUAUAAUUUAUAUAAAAUGUAUUUAAUUUACAAACAUAUAUUAUAUCUAGAAGUUGCAAAAUUAUAUUUUGCAUGAUUAUGCUUGUUUAGUUAAAAUAAAAUAGAAAUUGAAUUUGUUUAAUUUGUUUGAAAGGGGCUGAUAUGAUGGCGUCUGGAUGUGUCGUGUAUACUUUGAGUUGGUUAAUUUGUUAACUAUUUUUAAACAUAAGAUAUUUUUGAAUAGUCAAUUUACAAAUGAAAUCUCAAGCUUUAGUUAUUGUUUUAUCUAGUCCAGCGUAAAAAAGUUCUAACCCCACUAUCAGCCUCCUUCUAGGGUAUGUGAUUUAUUUUAACGAUAAUAAGACUACUAUUUUAAAUCAAUUUUCAAUUUUAACUGCGUUUACGAGCAUGUAGGGCGACAAUAUUGUCAAUGACAAAGCUCAAUAAUUUAUUUUAUUUGCUUGAUACCACGUGCAACAAUUUUUAUAUGUAACACAGUUUCUAUAUAGAGAAGCUGUUAUAUGCUGAAUUUAGCUGAUAACGUAAAUGUACUGGUCGUAUUGUAGCAUAUUACAAUUUGUGUUAGAUCAAUCGUUAUUUCUGUUAUAGACCCCGCGAGAUGACGCAUAUAUUUAAUCUCGCGGAGUAAUUGAUACAAUAAGCACUUUAGAAAAAUUACUUACCUCUCAUAUCGAUGUCAUAACUUCUAUGUCUUUCAGUGUUGCAGUGGUUUCAUAUUUCCUACGAUACGUACACGAUAUAUAUAUAUAUGAUAAAUGUAUUGAAUGUUGUGUUAAUCAUGUCACUGUAUACAUUUAGCUGAUGUCUCCGAAAUUUCCAUGUUAGCUCCGGGCUCCUGGUUCCCCAUCAAUUGUCUUGUUAUAUCGAUCGAUGUACUUUGCUGUCUUGAUGAUACAUUUGCGUGUCAUGAUUAUAAAUCAGUGUUAUUUCUAAGAUGAAUUAUGAAUACAUACUUUUUAAAUAUAUGUGGUAUCUA